AUACGAAGGUAAGUUGAGCCCGGGCAGUCUACUGUCAAAUGAACCCACUAAGAAAUCUUACUGGGAUGUUCAAUCCAUUCGGAUCCAUUAGGAUUAUUUUUCCAACUGCAGAAAAAAACAUAAUGCCGCUUUUUAAUGUUCACUCUCGAUUUUAUAAAAUGCACAACCAUUUAGUUCGGAGAUGCCGAGAUUGUUAUUUUGACCGGCGUGAAGGCCGGCUUUAUGUUGAGUGCAAAACUCAUCCACGUCAUAAACAAGCUCAGAAAAUGAAUCCACCGAACGUCCCAUGGUCAUUUAAGCGUCAAAUAUGGAGAACUGUGUGUUGGUAAAGUAGAAACAUAUAUGUGCCAGGAGCUGUUAACAUUUACCAGUUUAACAGUUGAAACUUCGUAUCGAGUGGUCAUAAAAUGUUCUAUAAUGUAAAUUAUUAUCGGUCAAUUGCUCAUAUUAUUGUCUUAAAAUGCGAAUAUGUGCAAUCAAGUACUGAAAGCUGUGGAGUAAUCACUACUAGACAAUAAAAUUUAUAAAUCACUAGGACAAUUUGUCGGGUUUUUUUACAUCAAUCGUUCAAUGACGUUAAUUUCUUUGGUUUAACUGGCCCGACAGUGUGCAGAAGUGGCUCACUACUCAUAGUUUAUUG